AUGGUUCAGCCGAUUAUAUCGCCUUCAAUUCUAGCUUCGGAUUUUGCCAAUUUGGGCUGCCAGUGCAAAAGAGUCGUUGAAACGGGCGAUGUCGAUUGGCUCCACUUGGAUGUCAUGGAUGGACAUUUUGUCCCCAACAUUUCGUUUGGUCCGCCCGUGAUCGAGUCGUUGCGCAAGCAGUUUCCCCGUGACAGCGAUAAGCCGAUUGUGUUUGAUUGCCACAUGAUGGUCUCGGACCCCGAGGAGUGGAUCGCUGAAAUUGCCAAGGCGGGUGGUGAUUCCUACACGUUCCACUACGAAGCAACUAAGGACCCCGCUUCCGUGAUUGCCAAAAUCAAAAAGUACGGGUUGAAAGCGGCUAUGGGGAUCAAACCGGGCACCCCCAUCGACGUCGUGUACCCCUUUGUUGAGGAUUUGGAUAUGGUGUUGGUGAUGACGGUGGAGCCUGGCUUUGGCGGCCAGAAGUUCAUGCCAGAGAUGAUGCCCAAGGUCGAGGCCUUGAGGGCCAAGUAUCCUCAUUUGGAUAUUGAGGUUGAUGGGGGCUUGGGUAAGGACACGAUCCAGCCUGCUGCAGACGCGGGGGCAAACGUUAUCGUUGCUGGUACCUCCGUCUUUAAGGCUGAAAAUCCAAAAGAAGUCACGCAAUUGUUGAAAAACACUGUCGAGCAGAGCAUAUUAGCCAAGUCAAAGUGA